AUGGCGGAUUUGCCCAGUUCCAACGUUGCCAAUGGCAUACCAUCCGUGGCGCAGCCGACUGGAGACCAAAAGCCCCUUGCGCCCGAGAAACACGAAACGGCUCAAGAGAGGGUUUCCAAGCAAGGCCAGGCGCCACCGAACAAUGUCCACCGUGCUAGUGUUCAAGAUCACCAAGAAUCGACAGAGGGAGGCUCGGCAGCGUUGAUGCAAGAGAUCCACAUGCUCCGAGAGAAGCUCUUCAAAUUUGGUGACCGCGUGGCUCAGAUGGGGCACAAAAUCGACCAAGAUCAAACGACAGAUACGACGCACGAGUCUGACCUCGAAGAGCACAGAAGCCAGAGACGACGCCGCAAAGCUGCAAAGAUAUCGACCACUACACGCCGCUUGUUGCCAAUGACUUCUCUGCGGAAGCACUCUCGCAAACUCGGGCCUCCAACGCAAUGGGAUACGUCUGACAGCGAUCAAUGGGACAGCGACGACACGACCAAGACCAAGGACUUUGACUACUUUCGGGCCAGGCUCAGGGGAGACUUUGAAUGGGAGACUGAGCGCUGGAUGGCAGAAAAGGAAAGAUACGAUAGGAACAAGGCAAAGAAAAAGGAGCUCGGAACCAGAGGCAAGAAUGCCAAGACUUGGAAUCCGGGCGAGUCGGAGCAACAUGCACUUGUCAAGAUCUUUGAAUCCACCUGGCCCGACUUCAAGGCCAUGUGGGAUCAACCACUCGAGACUGCCUUUGCCAUUCAUGUCCUGAUUGGGGAGCCCCAGAUCAGACUACCCAAAUAUUUUGAUAGAGAGUCCCGGACCAGCCGAGGGAAACAGACAACCGAGAAGCGGUCGGAAGCGUACUCGGGCUCCAACUUGCCCGAAAGAAUCAGGAUCCAUUCGAAACAAAUCAUCAAAACUCUGUCAGUCAUCUGUAACGCGGAGUUGAACCCAGAAGAUGGUUAUAGCCCGAUCUUUCUUCUCCGCCCCUUUCGACUCUUUACAGCCUAUGCUACCGACAUACGAGAAUGGCAUGCAAACUUGAUCCAGGCCCCGGAGGCUCUAACGCCAACCGGCACCGCAAAGGAAUCCAAGGCCGCAGGCCAAGAAACUAUCCAUAAAGGUCAGCCUAUCUCGGGCGAAAAUGUCAAGCCGCAAGAUGUUUCGUCGGAGAAAGAGAUCAACCCAGUGUCAGCAAUCGAUCCCCAUUGUUGGUUCAUGGGCAGACAUGCGUAUAGAUAG